AUGGCACUCCCAUCAACCUUUGCGAAGUCGGUUUCAAACAUGGCGGCAGAAUGGAUGAGCGGAAGUCCCUUAUCUUCUUCUCAAAUGAUCGAAGUAGAAAGCAAAUUUCGUGUACCACCAGACUUUGAGAAAGUUCUGGAAUUGAAAGGAGCAAAACUUAUGAGACAAACCACUUUCACCGAUGUUUACUUCGACGCACCAAACCACGAACUGUCGCUUAAUGGUUACUGGCUGCGGAAGCGAAAUAAUAAAUGGGAACUUAAAAUUCAGAAACUGAAAAUUGAACGGUGGAUCGAAAGUAACCGCGAGAUAGAAGACGAAAAUGAAAUUAUAAAUGAAAUUGUGACGAGGCUGCGCUCUUUCUACCCAAAUAUUGACAGAGAUUACACGUCUGUCGAGGAGAUAGUGCAAAGAACAUCCUGUAAACAGAUUGCAUGUAUUACAACGAAUAGAGCUGUGUAUGAGAUGCCAAACAGAGUUGUAGUUGACUUAGAUCAGGCAAGCUUUGGGUAUCAAGUUGGUGAAUUGGAGGUUGUAGUGUCAAAUGAGAAAAACGUUGAUGCCGCAAAAGAAACUAUUCAAAGAACUGCAGAACUUCUUGGUAUGCUAAAUUAAAGCUUCAGUGGCGUUAGUUCAGUGAAUUCUUGGAAUACCUCUUUGAAACCUGAAUCAACAAAUUCGUCUUACACAGGUUGCCAUGAGCAAAUUUUACAAGUAGCUCCAAUCCAAAGUUGUUGAUGGAAGGUGUAUGUCAUUUGUGUGCAAAGAGGAUUUUUUUAAUCCAUCUCCAAGUUCCUGCCUUUAUUCUUUAAUUGAUAUUAUUUCUAUGAAGUGCAAUAAACCCCUACCUUGUCUCUCCUUUACUUACUUCCUUUAACUCCUAGGAGUGACCAAAACAGAAUUUCUCCUUACAAUACUAAUACAAUUUCAAGCCAACAAGUAAUAGGAGUUUAAAAAAAUUUCAUUCAGGGAAUCAUUAGUUGAUCCAAUACUAAAUUCUUGGAACUAAUUCUAUAAGCAAUGUAUUGGGGACAGUCAGGAGAAUAAAUUAUGAGAUCUGGGAGUGAAAGAGUUGGUGAUUUCCUUAAACUGGGCAACAAAAUCAAAAUAAAAAAAGUGUUAAAAAAUAACUGGGAAUCUUUUUUGUACCAUUUUUGAGGGAAGACACAAAAAUGGGUGUUAGUUGUAAGUAUUGAUUUAUCAAAUAAUCUGGGUUUUGAAAUAAGCUGCUUCUUUUCAGAGACAUAUUUCAUCCACAAUCCUAACACUAUCCAUAAUGAAAUAUUAAGGGAAAAAUGGAAUGAAAACAUAAAAGUAUUAUUUUGAUUGAUUUUAGGCAUAGAAUGCAGAUCAGACAUUCCCAGCAAACUGGAGAAGUACAUUUUCAGUAAUUGCAGAAGUCAUCAUGAACAACUUGUUAAAUGUGGAUUCUUUGUAAAACAGCUGAAAUAA